CACCUUCCAUCUUCUCUCCCCUGCUACGACACGCCACCUCCCGCAAAACCGCCGCUCGUCACCCUCUCCACCGCCGGCCCCAUGCGCCGGCCGGCAGCCAGCCGGAGAGGGGAGGAGGAGGGCUGACCCGUUCCCGUCCCUCCCACCGCGCGACCUCUUCCUCCUCUCGCCCGUCCUUAGCCUAACCACCACCACCACCACCGUCAUAAACAAAAGCGCAGGCAGGCAGGCACGAGCGCAGGCGCGCGGUGCGAGGCGUCCGCGUCCUUCCUCCACCUGUCGCCUUCGCCUUGCGUGCUCCCGGCUUCAAGAAACCGCCGCCACGCCAGCCAGUCUGCAGCACACCACAGCACAGGUCGCGACCGCCCGCCCGCCUGGCAGCCGCCGCUUUCCAUUUCCCUUUCGCUUCUCCCCGCUACCACCACAAGCGGCGCGCGGGCCUCCGGGUCGUCCGGCCGGAUUCGUUCCCCGGGCCGGCCGUGCAACCACGCGCGCGCUUGGAUUUCGCUCGCCGCCGGAAAGCUUCGGCUCUGCGUGGCGGCGUGGCGCCGCCGCCGACCGGAGGGUUUUGCUUCUUCAGUUUCCAGCUCGGAGGAAAGGACGCACCGCCAGCGGACCGCGCGCUCCACGGAGAUCGACGACUUCUUGUUGCUGGACUGGAAGCUGUCCUCUCAGUGCGUGUUCUUCACCAGGUUCUCACCUGACGAGCAAGGUUGCUCCUUCCCUUCCAUUCUUCACCUCAAGCACCAGCUAAAUUUCAGCUUCCGCCUGCCUUUCUCCCUCCGGUUCCGCCUGUCCUUGCAAUCCUGAAUCGUCUCAUUGCUUCAGCACUCUGCUUGCGCCUCUGAAACGAACUAAGCUGUUGCUCUCUGCUUCCUCUUACAUAGAGCCCUUCCAGCCUGCCUGUCUGCAUCUUCGUGCAACUCAUGACCCCAUCAUCCUUCUAGCCCAAACCUGCAACUCCACAUCACAACACGCCAUGGAUAGCACAGCUGUUGGGCUCAAGCUGGUUGUGCUAGCCCUUUCUGUGGCCAUCUGGGUGUUUGGCGCUUGCAAUGCCAAUUUCACCCCAGCAGACAAUUACCUCAUCAACUGCGGUUCCACGGUCGACGCAACCAUCGACCAGAGGGUUUUCCUGGCCGACACUUCCGGGCCGGCCAUACUGACGACACCCACCAAUCUGAGCACCGCCGCGACCACCUCACCGAAUUCGGUCUCAGGGUUCGACGGCGCUAUGCUGUAUCAGACUGCUAGGAUAUUCCCCGCGGCAUCGUCCUAUGCCUUCAAGCUCAAGAGCCGUGGCCGGCAUUUUGUCCGCCUUCAUUUCUUCCCAUUCAAAUACCAGAGCUAUGAUCUCACCACGGCAACCUUCAAGGUGUCCACGGAGGAUGUUGUGCUCCUGGACAAUUUCACUGUGCCAAGUAGUUCUUCGCCGGUGUUCAAGGAGUAUUCCCUGAACAUUACCAGGGACAUGCUCAUCCUGACAUUUGUGCCUCUUGGGAACAACACGCCGGCCUUCGUCAAUGCUAUCGAGGUCAUCUCUGUCCCUGAUGAUCUCAUAACUGAUUCGGCACUGAAUCUGGAACCUGUCGGUCAGUAUCUCGGGCUGUCAACACAGCCGCUGCAGACAUUCUACAGGAUCAAUGUGGGGGGACCGAAGGUGACUCCUGAGAAUGACACGCUCUGGCGGACAUGGGUUACUGAUCAGAGCUCCUUCUUAAAUUCCACUCCCACUACACUUCACACUUUCUCAGGAAAGCUGAAUUUCCAGAACGGAUUGGCAACAGAGGAGGAUGCACCGGACAGUGUCUACAAUACUGCGAGGCGGUUGCUAAAUACUACUGGCUCCAUGUCCAAUAUGACAUGGCAAUUUGAUGUCGAUGGCCGUUCAAGCUAUCUCGUUCGGUUCCAUUUCUGUGACAUUGUGAGCAAGGCCCUUUAUCAGCUCUUGUUUGAUGUAUAUCUGGAUAGCUGGUCGGUGAUGAAAAAUCUAGAUCUCUCUGAGAAAGCAUUCGGCAACUUGGCUGCGCCAUUUUACAUUGAUGCUGUCUUGCUAUCAAGUGAUCCAUCUGGUAAGCUCAGUGUCAGCAUUGGGCCUUCUGCCGUACAGAUAGCAGCGCCGGAUGGUAUCCUGAAUGGACUGGAGAUCAUGAAGAUGAACAUCAGUACAGGGUCUGUUUCCGUUGUGAAACCAUCACUAGGGGGAAAGAGUCAUCUCGGUGUCAUAUUGGGUUCUGUACUCGGAGUUUUGGCUGCUAUCGUCAUUGCUAUUGUUAUCUGCAUCUUCUUCAGGAGAAAAAACAAGCCGCAUCCACCACCAAGUCGGACCUCAAGUUCUUGGACACCCCUCAAUGGUCUUAGCUUCCUUACCACAGGCAGCCGAACCAGCCGGACGACUCUGACAUCUGGAACUUCGGGUGACACGAGCUACCGAAUCCCUUUUGUUGUGCUGCAAGAUGCGACAAAUCACUUUGAUGAGCAGAUGGUCAUUGGAGUUGGAGGCUUUGGGAAGGUCUACAAAGCAGUGAUGCAGGAUGGAAGCAAACUUGCAGUAAAGCGGGGCAACCAGAAGUCUCACCAAGGGCUGAGGGAGUUCCGGACGGAGAUCGAACUGCUGUCAGGACUGCGACACCGUCAUCUCGUGUCGCUCAUUGGUUACUGUGAUGAACACAAUGAGAUGAUCUUGGUGUAUGAAUACAUGGAGAAAGGAACUCUGAAGAGCCAUCUGUAUGGCGGUGAUAUGCCGCCUCUCAGCUGGAAGAAAAGACUGGAAAUCUGCAUUGGAGCAGCAAGAGGGCUCCACUACCUUCACACUGGUUUUGCCAAGUCAAUCAUACACCGUGAUGUCAAGUCAGCAAACAUCCUCCUCGAUGAAAAUCUCUUGGCCAAGGUUUCUGAUUUUGGCCUGUCAAAGGUUGGGCCUGAAUUCGACCAGACGCAUGUCAGCACAGCAGUGAAAGGGAGCUUCGGAUACCUUGAUCCUGAGUACUUCCGGAGACAGAAGCUGACUGACAAAUCAGACGUGUACUCUUUUGGUGUGGUGCUGCUUGAGGUGAUCUGUGCGAGGCCGGUUAUUGACCCGACUCUUCCAAGGGACAUGAUUAACCUUGCGGAGUGGGCUAUCAAGUGGCAAAAGAGGGGAGAGCUUGAUCAGAUUGUUGACCAGCGCAUCGCUGGGACAGUCAGGCCUGAAGCACUGAGGAAGUUUGGAGAGACAGUGGAGAAAUGCCUUGCAGAGUAUGGUGUCGAGCGUCCUACAAUGGGUGAUGUGCUGUGGAACCUGGAGUUUGUGCUGCAGCUACAGGAGGCAGGUCCAGACAUGUCCAACAUCGACAGUAUGAAUCAGAUCUCUGAACUCCCUUCAAAUGCAAACAGAGUAAGCUCCUUGGAUAUCAGCACUACAGAUCAAAGCCGUAUGCCGAUUGAGUACUCCGACAUGUCGACAAGUAACGCCUUCUCGCAGCUAAUCAAUGCAGAAGGAAGGUGAACCGGAUAGAAGUGUUCCAGAGUCACUGAAAAAUACAGAAGGAAGGUGAACUGGAUAGAAGUGUUCCAGUCACUAAAAAAUGUUGAGUUACAAAAACUAGAGAGAGAUGCCUCUUGCUUGACUAUUUUCUAUCCCUUCUCACAUAUACAACACCAAGUUAUUGCUUGCCUCUUGUAAGUACUUGUGUUGUUGAAGGGUGAGUAGCUUUGUUGCAGUCUCAGUGUGCUGGUCUAAUUCUUUUGCUCAUGUAACUGUCUCUUUUGCUCAAUAUAUGUUUUUGAUCGGUAGCUGGUA